UAUCAGCACCAUUUCCGGUGAAUGCGCCAAACUGAGCUGCUGUUUAUCGUUGGGGGAAAAAGCGCUGUUUAAGGAUAAUUCCGAUUAGCAGUGGUGAAGAGUUAAACCAUCUGCCUCUGAAAAAACAAACAGGUCGUCGUCUGACUUCAGCACGUGUGUGUGUGUGUGUGUGCGGGCGCGUGUGUGUAUGAAGCCAUGGUGGAGUAUUACCAGAUAUUAGGAGUGUCGAAAGAUGCGAGUCAGGAUGACAUUAAGAAAGCGUACAGAAAACUUGCCUUAAAGUGGCACCCGGAUAAAAACCCUGACAACAAGGAUGAGGCAGAGAGGAAGUUUAAGGAAAUCUCUGAGGCGUAUGAAGUCCUUUCAGACACUAGCAAGCGCAGGGUUUAUGAUCAGUACGGUAAAGAAGGCCUGUCGGGAGGCGGAGGAGGAGGACGCUAUCAUAACGGCGAUCCCUUCGCAGGUUUUACGUUCCGCAACCCAGAAGACGUCUUCAGGGAUUUCUUCGGGGGUCGCGACCCUUUUGCUGAUUUCUUUGGAGAUGAUCCAUUUGGAGAUGAUUUCUUCGGUGGCGGUCGACGGCAGCAGCAGCAGCGCGGUAUGAGCAGGAGCCGAACAGGCGGCUCGUUCUUCUCUAGCGGGUUUGGAGGAAUGGGGGGUUUCGGCAGCUUUCCGUCUUUCGGCCCAGCAUUCUCUUCAUUUGACACAGGUUUCAGCUCUUUUGGUCACAUGGGGCAGAUGGGUGGAGGCGGGUUCACGUCCUUCUCCACCAGCUCAUUUGGAGGUGGGGGCAGCGGGAUGGGGAACUUCCGCUCCGUGUCCACGUCCACCAAAUAUGUUAACGGCAGAAAAAUCACCACCAAGAGAAUCGUUGAGAACGGACAGGAACGGGUGGAAGUCGAGGAAGAUGGACAGUUAAAGUCGCUAACUAUAAAUGGUAAGGAACAGCUGCUGCGACUGGAACACAAGUAAGCACAUCUCGACGCUCAGAGCAAAGUUAGGACUCGGAUGUAUGUACUUUUUUUCUUAACAUCAUUAGAUUACCAUUAUACCGUUAUUGUGUGAUUAUUAUUAUUAUUAUUUUUCUUUGUAAACCUAUUUAUGAAGUUGAAUGUCAGUAUUUGGUGCAGGGGUGCUAUUACUUUUAGGGACCAUGGUGUAAAGUUGAGUUCUUGUCUUUAUUUUCGUUUACACUCCAGAUGCACUUUGCUGUGUUGGACUUGAAUGCACAUUGCCUUUUGUGUUCUGCUUUUGAGCUUAAAAGUAAUAAAAAUAAAAGGAGAGAGAAGAGCAUUGUGCAUUAGGCAUGGCUUUGCUUUUCUGAUCCAAAUUCAGUAAAUAAUCCUCAGUUUUCUUUAGAACCCUGUUAAUAAUGAGCUCGUCCCUGUAAACACACACAGUGUGUUAGACCAACUGUACUGAUAUUAUUAUUAUUAUUAUUAUUAUUAAUAUUAUUAUUAUUAUUAUUAUUAAGUUUUGUUUAAAUAAGUGUCUUUUCAUUAGUACCUGUACACCAGCCAAUGAUGUUCUUAGUCUUAUUGUUGUCAUGGAAACGAGCCGGUGUAAGUGAUAUGAACCGAAGUGAAUUUUGUGGACUUUGUACGCAAAUUUCAAAAAUCAAUAAAUGUGAGUUUCAUCCUUUUUUUGAGGAUGCGGCA